AUGCCGACGCGUGAGGAGUGGAGCAUGUCCGACUUCGAGAUCGGCAAGUACAUCGGUGAGGGCAAGUUCGGCAAGGUCUACCUCGCCCGCGAGAAGCAGAGCGGGUACGUGGUGGCGCUCAAGGUGAUAUUUAAGGCGAAACUGGAGAAGUACCGCUUCCACGCGCACCUGCGGCGGGAGAUCGAGAUCCAGCACAGUCUCGACCACCCCAACGUGCUCCGCCUCUUCGUCUGGUUCCACGACGAAGAGCGAGUCGUCCUCGUCCUCGAGUACGCGGCCCGUGGCGAGCUCUACAAGGUCCUUCGCGCUGCUGGCCGCUUCACCGAGCGCACGGCCGCCACAUAUGUCGCGAGCCUUGCUGGUGCAUUGGGAUACUGUCACAAGAAGCAAGUCAUCCAUAGGGACAUCAAGCCUGAGAAUUUGCUACUAGACAUCGAGGGCCGGCUUAAAAUUGCAGAUUUUGGAUGGGCAGCUCGUUCAAAUGCUAAACGACACACACUCUGUGGCACAAUCGAUUAUCUGGCACCAGAGAUGGUAGAGAAAAAAGCUCAUGACCAUGCUGUGGACAACUGGACACUAGGAAUCCUGUGCUAUGAGUUCUUAUAUGGUUCACCUCCUUUCGAAGCUGAUGAACAGGAUGAUACCUUGAGAAGGAUAGUUAAGGUGGAUUUGGCAUUCCCUUCCACUCCUUAUGUAUCUUCAGAGGCUAAGGAUCUCAUUUCCAAGCUGCUAGUUAAGGAUUCAAGCAAGAGGCUUUGUCUUGAAGACAUUAUGAAACAUCCAUGGAUAAAGAAGAACGCAGACCCUUCAGGAAGUUGCAUUAAGCAAAAAGAUGUAACAAGAUCAAAGGUAAACGAUAUGCGAAUAUGCAAGAUAUCUUCUGGGCAACACACUAGUGUUCUUGAUCCUUGGAGAUAA